CCUUGCCUGCCUGACUUGACUGGGAACACAGGGGCCGUCCCCAGUCCCGGCCGGCGGAUGACAAUAGCACCCCCCGAAUGUCUUCCUCCCUUUAUGGUAUGCCGUAUUAAGAUUUCUUUUUGCGCGCGCGCGUGUGUGUCAUAUUGUUUAGCUCUGGCAAAAAAAAAAAAAGAAAACAAAGCAAUUAAAAAGAUUGACAGGUAUGGCUUGUGUGAGACCUAUUUGUAAUUGUCAGGGUGACGUUGGCGCGAGGAGGAGGAGUAAGAACUGAGGCAGGAAAAGCAGCUCGAUGUGUCUGUCUAUCAGUUGAGACUGUCUGAGAGCUCUGCGAUCCGAAUGUGUGUUAUAUUUCACUGAAAAGAGGAGAGAGCGAGAGUGCAUCUCUCUCUCCCAGGAGUUUGGGGGGGCAGUGUCCACGCUCGGCGCGCCGCCCGCGAACGCCCGCGCCUCGCCUCUGUGCACUCCCCUGCUUGUUGUGGUCGGCUUUUCUUUUCUUUUUUUUUUUUCUUUUUUUUUUAAAUCUUGGAGGGGGGAUGCUUUUUGUGUAUUUUUCAACAUUUUUUUCUGUUGGAAGAUCAAGACCGGUCCCAACCCCCUGAUCUGAACGUGUUUGCAUUAAGAUUUCGCGUUGGAAGAAGCGAAGACCAGGGCGGCCAGGCCCCCCGGGGGCAGCGCCGGGCACCAAGUGGCGCUCCGGCGGGUGACACUGUUUGAUCUGUGACUGUUGGGAAGGUGGAACAGCGCCUGACAUCUCCCCCCCAACCCACCCACCCACCUACCCCGGCGCGCGACUGAACGGGGGCUUCACCGCUCUGUCUUGUUUGCUUUCUUCCUCCUAGACUAAGUGCGCGAGGAAAGCACAGCCCGCAUCGGCCUCGCUGGCGCACAAUGAGAGAGCUGCGACCCGCGCACUAAAAACACUCGCCGCGACCCCGAACAGCGAGCGCAGAGGGGCACGGAAAGUUGCGCUCGGAGACUCUCGGCUCGCCGGGGAAGGCGCAGGGCAGCGCCCGGAGCGGCGCGCCCCGAGGAGCGCCCGCCAGCAGCAGCGCGGCGCCGGGGAGGCGGCAGCAUGGAGCGCGGGCCGCGGGCCGGCCCGCCGAGCGCCCGCCGCUGCGCCCGCGGCCCGUGCCGGGGAUGACUCCGGGCUCGGCGCCCAGGCCCCGCGCGCUCCGCCCGCAGCCCGGCGGCCCGGACGCGGCCCGUGCGGCCGCCGCCGCCGCCUCCUGAGCGGCCCCGGGCGCGGCGGUCCAUGCGAGCGGCUCCUCCUCCCGCGGUCCGCGGCGCGCCCGGAGCCCGGAGCCCGCGGGGACGAGGCCAAAGUUGGGCGCGCCGCGGAGUUGCGCCCGCGCCCGGGGCCCCGCGUGCCCGCGCCCCCGCGAACUCCGGAGGCGGCUGAGGCGACGGCUGCGGCGGCCCGAGCAGCAUGCCGAGGAGGAAGCAGCAGGCCCCCCGGCGCUCGGCAGCUUAUGUCCCCGAGGAGGAGCUGAAGGCAGCACAGAUCGAUGCGGAGCGCGAGGAGCAUGAGGGGCCGGCCCUGGACAUCCCUGAGAGCGACUUCGCCUGCAGCGAAGACGCGGAGGUCAAGGAGGCUCAGAGCUACCCAAACUCGCCCGCCAGCACCCCCACCAACCAGGACACCGGCUGUGCAUCACCCUGCAGUGAGAGCAGCGAGCCCCCUGCCCAGGGCCUGUCCUCCAGGGAAGAGAAGGAGGACCCGCCGGGACCGGACAGCGUUUCCUAUCCCCAGGACAGCUUGGCACAGAUCAAGGCUGUGUACGCCAACUUGUUUUCUGAGUCCUGCUGGUCCAGCCUUACUCUGGACCUGAAGAAGUCGGGUUCAGCCCCCAGCAACUCCGAUGUCAGCCGGAAGGAGAGCUCGACACCUACGCCCGCGCCCGUCACCAGUACAGCCGCGGGCACGGCUGGCACCCCCAGCACCAGCGGCAGCACCAGCACGAGCCACAGCAACAGCACCAGUAACAGCAGCGGCUCCGGGUACGACUGGCACCAGGCCGCCCUGGCCAAGACGCUGCAGCAAACGCCCUCAUACGGGCUGCUGCCCGAGCCCAGCCUCUUCAGCACCGUACAGCUCUACCGGCAGAACAACAAGCUGUAUGGGUCUGUGUUCACCGGUGCCAGCAAGUUCCGCUGCAAGGACUGCAGCGCAGCCUACGACACGCUGGUGGAGCUGACGGUGCACAUGAAUGAGACGGGCCACUACCGCGACGACAACAGGGACAAGGACUCAGAGAAGGCCAAGCGCUGGUCCAAGCCCAGGAAGCGCUCUCUCAUGGAGAUGGAGGGCAAGGAGGACGCCCAGAAGGUGCUCAAGUGCAUGUACUGCGGCCACUCGUUCGAGUCCCUGCAGGACCUCAGCGUGCACAUGAUUAAGACAAAGCAUUACCAGAAAGUGCCUCUGAAGGAGCCUGUGCCGGCCAUUACCAAGCUGCUGCCUUCCGCCAAGAAGCGAGCGCUUCAGGACCUGGUGGCCCCCUGCUCCCCGGAGCCGGCGGGCACGGCUGUGGAGGCCGCUCUCGGCGAGUUGGCCAAGGACCAGAAGACGGCCAACCCCUACGUCACGCCCAACAACCGCUAUGGCUACCAAAAUGGUGCUAGUUACACGUGGCAGUUCGAGGCCCGCAAAGCACAGAUCCUCAAGUGCAUGGAGUGCGGCAGCUCCCAUGACACCCUGCAACAGCUCACCGCCCACAUGAUGGUCACGGGCCACUUCCUGAAGGUGACCACCUCUGCCUCCAAGAAAGGGAAGCAGCUGGUGCUGGACCCCGUGGUGGAGGACAAGGUCCAGUCCAUCCCCCUGCCUCCCACCACCCACACCCGGCUGCCGGCUGCCGGCACCAAAAAGCAGCCAGACUCACCUGUGGGCUCCACAGCGUCCGAGGACAAGAAGGAACCGGAGAAGGAGAAGGCGCCAGCAGCCAGUGACACGGAGAAGGACAUCAAGGAGGAGAGUGGGGAUACCUCCGAGAGAUUUGAGCCCACUGCCCUUUACCAAUACCUCCGUGAGGAGGACCUGGAGGACAGCCCCAAGGGCGGCGUGGACAUCCUCAAGUCCCUGGAAAACACUGUCUCCACGGCCAUCAGCAAAGCUCAGAACGGUGCGCCCUCGUGGGGCGGCUAUCCCAGCAUCCACGCGGCCUACCAGCUGCCUGGCACUGUGAAGCCGCUGCAGGCGGCCGUACAGAGCGUGCAGGUGCAGCCGUCCUAUGCCAGUGGUGUGAAGUCGCUGGCCUCUGCCGAGCACAAUGCCCUUCUGCAUUCCCCGGGCAGCCUCACACCACCGCCGCACAAGAGCAACGUAUCUGCCAUGGAGGAGCUGGUGGAGAAGGUCACGGGCAAAGUCAACAUCAAGAAGGAGGAGAGGCCGGCUGAGCGGGAGAAGGGCUCCCCCGCCAAGGCCAUGUCCCCCGUGGCAAAGGAGAACAAAGACUGCCCGAAAAUGAACGAGGAGGCCGACGGCAAGCAGUCCAAAAAGCGCCCCGAGGCUGAGGCCAGCAGGACCAAGACAGAGGGUCCUGGGGACACACACCCCCGAAAUGGCACGGAGCCUCUCAAAGCCAAAGUCACCAACGGCUGCAGCAACUUGGGCAUCAUCACCGACCACUCGCCGGAGACCUCCUUCAUUAACCCCCUGAGCGCCUUGCAGUCCAUCAUGAACACCCACCUGGGCAAGGUCUCCAAGCCCGUGAGCCCCUCGCUCGACCCCCUGGCCAUGCUGUACAAGAUCAGCAACAGCAUGCUGGACAAGCCCGUCUACCCCAGCACCCCAGCGAAGCAGGCUGACGCCAUCGACCGCUACUACUACGAGAACAGCGACCAGCCCAUCGACCUGACCAAAUCCAAAAGCAAAGCCCUGGGGUCCAGUGUGUCUGAGCCGGUGACCUCGCCACUGCGGGAGAGCGCCCUCAUGGACAUCUCGGACAUGGUGAAAAACCUCACGGGCCGCCUGACACCCAAGUCCUCCACCCCUUCCACGGUGUCCGAGAAGUCAGAUGCGGACGGCAGUAGCUUCGAGGAGGCGCUGGACGAGCUGUCGCCCGUCCACAAGAGGAAAGGACGCCAGUCCAACUGGAACCCACAGCACCUGCUCAUCCUGCAGGCCCAGUUUGCCUCGAGCCUGCGGGAGACGGCUGAGGGCAAGUACAUCAUGUCGGACCUGGGCCCGCAGGAGCGAGUGCACAUUUCCAAGUUCACUGGUCUCUCCAUGACCACCAUCAGCCACUGGCUGGCCAAUGUCAAGUACCAGCUGAGGAGGACAGGGGGAACCAAAUUCCUCAAGAACCUGGACACAGGGCAUCCUGUUUUCUUUUGCAACGAUUGUGCCUCUCAAUUCAGAACUGCCUCCACAUACAUCAGUCACCUGGAGACGCACCUGGGCUUCAGCUUGAAGGACCUCUCCAAGCUGCCCCUCAGUCAGGUCCAAGAACAGCAGAGCAUCUCCAAGGUCCUUGCCGGCAAGGCUCUGGGCCCGCUGGGGACCCCCGAGGAGGACUCGGGCUCCACAUUCCAGUGCAAGCUCUGCAACCGGACCUUUGCGAGCAAGCACGCAGUCAAACUGCACCUUAGCAAGACCCACGGCAAGUCGCCCGAGGACCACCUGAUCUACGUGACCGAGCUCGAGAAGCAAUAGCGUGCAGCUGUGCCCAGGAGCGCCCGUGGCCCUGCGGUGCCCUGGCCUGAGCCGCGGCGCCCCUCUCUCUUCUCUAGCUGACCUGCCUCUGUGGACCCUGGGUUUUCUUACACACAUUUUGUAGUUAUAUUUAUACGCUCCUUGUCUGACCUGUGCAUGUUAUUUUUCCUUUUCCGUGAGUCAGUCUGACCUUUAUUUUCAACAUCUGUUCUUGAUGUUAAGCUGUCUUUUGUAGGAAAUAGUGGGGCACGCGACUCAGAGACGCUAUUUAGCAGUAAAGAAAGACGCAAAUAAUGAUAAGGAGACAUCCUAAAAUUACGAAGUUGCCAUGACAAUAAAGGUCAUAGUACUGGGAGUGUCACAUUUAACUCUUGGAGGACUGUAAUCGCAUUUCUGUGCCUUUCACU